GCCCAAUUACGCUGAGGACUAGGCGGGGUGGCCUUUGUGAGUGUGAAGGUGUCUAGGAACGCUGACGGCUCUUUCGUGUGAAAUAUGGCUCCCAGAGAGGGCACCGAGCGGGGCUCCGUCAUGGACGGGAUUAGGGCUAUCCUUCUGGGGCCGCCAGGAGCCGGGAAGGGGACUCAGGCUCCGAAACUAGCAGAAAAAUACUGUGUUUGUCAUCUGGCCACAGGAGAUAUGUUAAGAGCUAUGGUGGCAUCGGGAUCACAGCUGGGAAAACGUCUAAAAGCUACAAUGGAUGCAGGAAAACUAGUCAGUGAUGAAAUGGUCGUAGAGUUGAUUGAAAAGAAUCUGGAUACACCUCCGUGUAAGAAGGGAUUCCUGUUAGAUGGAUUUCCUCGCACUGUCAAGCAAGCAGAAAUGCUUGAUGAACUUCUUGAAAAGCGUCAAGAAAAACUUGAUUCAGUCAUCGAAUUUAGCGUAGACGAUUCUUUGCUUGUCAGGAGGAUCUGUGGCAGACUGAUACACCAAUCAAGUGGGCGGUCAUACCAUGAAGAGUUCAAUCCUCCCAAAGAAAACAUGAAAGAUGAUGUGACUGGUGAGCCUUUGGUGAGACGCUCUGAUGAUAAUGAAGUUACUCUGAAAUCCCGGCUGGAGGCCUAUCACACUAUGACUGCUCCCCUUGUGGAAUAUUACCAACGCCAUGGAAUCCACACAGCAGUAGAUGCUUCCCAAUCUCCAGAUGUGGUAUUCGCAAGCAUCCUGGCCGCUUUUUCCAGAGCUCGCACUCACUGAUUCCCAGUCAUCCCAGAAGUGUGUUGUCUGCAGGCCCCAAACCCUGUGCACUAGGGCACUGCACAGUAGACUGAUGAUUGAGUACCCUUGUCAACUCCUCUCCCGCUGUUGUCUCGCUGUGUAUUGUGGUGCUCCUCCCAUUCUCACAAAUCCCCUCCUCUGCAUUCUUCAUCAUCAUCAUCAUAAUAAGUCUUAAAGCUUCUUCUGUGGUAGAAGCUACAGUGUUUUUAACCUCAUUGUUGAGGUACGUGUGACUGGAUCAUUAUC